GGACAGACAUGUGAUGGUCAUCAACAGUCCUCAGCUGCUCCAGACAAACAUCUCAGAUCAUCAGAUCACACAGACAGUGAGAGAGUGUGUGUCUCUGUCUGAUCCAGGACCUCAUGUCUUCAUACUCGUACUGCAGUAUAAAGACUUCACUGAGGAGGACAUGACAAGAGUGAAAUAUGUGCUGGAGAAAUUCAGUGAAGAGGCGAUUAAACGCACUAUAGUGAUCACAACUGAUGAAGAAACUGAUGAAGGAGCAUCUGUGAAAACUAAUGAAUUAAUUCAUCAAUUCACUGCAGAGUGUGGAGGAGGACAUGUUCAGCUCGAUAAUGAAAUAAAGAGACUGAUCUCUGGAGUAUCUCAACAACUAGAGAAGAUCCUCAGAGAAAACAAUGAAGAAUUUCUCACAUGUGAUUAUGAUGCAGAAGAAACACUGGUGGAUGAAGAUCAGAGCAGAUCUUUUGCUUCACUCAGAACAGAGGAAGAUCCUGAUGGAGGUGUCAGUGACACUAGACAACAGAAGCUGAACUUGUUCCUGUGUGGAAGUGAUGAAACACUGAAGAAAUCUGUAUCAAAACUAAUAAGAGAGAAGAAACACAUGGAUCUUCAUGGACGUCAGAUCAGUCUGGUGGAUCUUCCAGCUCUGUUCAACACUCGUCUCUCAGAGGAGGAAGUGAUGCGUCAGACUCUCCGCUGUGUGUCUUUCUAUGGUCCUGGAGUUCAUGUUUUCCUCCUCAUUAUUCCUGAUGCUCCACUCAACAAUGAAGAUAAAGCAGAAAUGGAGGAGAUCCAGAGGAUCUUCAGCUCCAGAAUCAACAAACACAUGAUGAUCCUCAUAAUGCAGAGUUCAGAGCAUCAGACAACAGAACUCGAUGAAGAAACACAGUCUGUCAUUGAGAGAUUUGGAGGUCGACAUCAUUUCUUUGGUCCCAACACACAAGUGUCCACAUUGAUGGAGAACAUUGAGAAGAUGCUGGAAGAAAACAGAGGAGAGUUUUUCUCCACAGAGACAUUUCUGGAGGCACAGAUGAAAAAACUGAUGAAAUAUGAAGAGAUGAAGAAGAAAAUUCAUUCACUGGAGACACAUUUACUGACAAAAGGUUCAAGAGAAAACAGAGAUGAAGUGAGGAUUGUGCUGCUGGGAAAAACUGGAGUUGGGAAAAGUGCAACUGGAAACACAAUCUUAGGAAGAGACGCAUUUACAGCAGAAACAUCUCAUGAGUCAGUGACUAAAGAGAGUCGGAGAGAAACAUCUGAAAUCAACGGCCGACACGUUACUGUGAUCGACACUCCAGGACUGUUUGAUACUGAACUGAGUAAUGAGGAGAUCCAGAGAGAAAUCAGCAACUGCAUCUCCAUGAUCCUGCCUGGACCACAUGUGUUCAUCAUUGUGCUUAAUUUAGGACAACGAUUCACUCUAGAAGAAGCAACAUCAGUGAAGAUCAUCCAAGAGACUUUCGGUGAAAAAUCUCUAAAGUACACCAUGGUGCUCUUCACCAGAGGAGAUGAUCUGAAGAACAAAACUAUUGAACAGUUUCUAGGAAAACCUGGAUCUCCUUUGAUGAAUCUGAUUGAAGCAUGCGGAAACAGAUUCCAUGUGUUCAAUAAUAAUCAGACUGGAGACCGAACACAGGUGUCUGAUCUACUGGAGAAGAUAGACAACAUGGUGACAGCGAACGGAGGGAGUUUCUACUCAUGUAAGAUGUUCAGAGAGAUGGAGAGAGAGAAACAAGAACAACAGAUGAAGAUCCUGAUGGAAAGAGUCAGAGAAAGAGAAGACGAGAUAAACAAACACAAAGAAGAGAUGAGACAAGAACGAGAGAAACUUACAAAUAAAAUUGAGCAACUGAGACAAGAAAAAGAGAAAAUAAAAACAGAAAAGGAAAAAUUUCAAAUCAAAUAUGACACAGAAAUAGACAGACUGAUGAACAGAAUAGAGAAUGAGAGGAAGAAAAGAGAAGAUGAAUUUACUGAAAGAGAAGAACAAUAUAAAACACUAUUGAAAGAGAAAGAAAAUCUGAUAAAGAAACAUGAAGAAGAGAAAGAGAGAAUAAAGAUGAUGCUGGAGGAAGAACGACAGAAUGAUGACAAAGAGAGAAAGAGAAGAGAAGAAGAAAUAGAGAAAUAA